CAGCAAGCUGGGCAGGAUGACAGCAGCGCCUUCAGUUCCCCAAAGGUAUUUCCCAAUGACCAGCUGUGCCUCAUGGUGGAAAGCCCUUUCAGGAUGCUUAAGAUGGCAGCAAAGGGUAACGUAACAGAGAUGGAGCGCAUCUUCGAGACCGACCCCGACCGCAUGUGCGUGAAAGACAGCAAGGGAUGGACGCCUCUGCACCACGCGGCCGCCAACAACCAGAUCUGCGCCCUGCACUUCCUCAUCAACCACGGGGCAGACUUGAACGCACAGGAUAAGCAGGGUCGGACGCCGUUGCACAUUGCAGCGGAGAGGGAAGCCUUGCAAGCGGUCGACAGUUUGCUGGAUUGUGGCGCCGAUUCCUCGGUAACGGAUCUGCAAGGAGACACUGUUCUCCACUGGGUUGUGAACUUUAACAAGGUAACAGUCCUGCAGCGCCUCCUGACCCACGAGCACAAGGUGAAUAUCCUGCAAGGUGACAGGCGAGGGAGAACUGCUCUCCAUAUUGCUGCGAAACAUGACUACGACUUGUGCGCUAAAUAUAUAUGCGGCGUCUGUUUCGUAAGAAUUGACAUGGUUGAGAGCCCCAAAUGUGUUACUGUGCAUGUUCAUUUUAUCGCCUGCUACCACCACCAUCCAAAAUCCCCGGCCCGGAACGCCCUCACGAAGGUUCUAAAAAGUUCUCCUACGUGGGGGGAAUCGCGGGGCUGCAUGAGGAAAAAAGCGGUUGAGCUGUGCAUGAAGAGCGGUGCAAUUAUUUCAACGCAACAGGAUGAUAGAUCAACGCCAGUGCAUCUUGCCUGCUCUCAGGGCGCCAACGAAAUUGUGAAGCUCAUGUUUACGCUGCAGCCUGAUGAGAAAUUAAAAGCUCUGAGCACCCUGGACGCCCAGGGCAUGACGCCCCUUCACUGCGCAGCCAUGUUCGACCACCCGGAGCUCGUCGCUUAUCUCAUAGAGGAGGGCGCGGAAGUAGACCAAGUGGACCAGGAGCACCGGUCUCCCCUCCUGCUGGCGGCGUCGCGGAGGGGGUGGCGGACCGUCGACGCCCUUCUGGCUCACGGCGCCGACCCCACCAUCCGCGACUCCCACCUGAAGAACCUGCUGCACGUGGUCAUCAUGAACGGCGGUUCCAUCAGCGACGUCCUCUCGCUCAAGCAGGCCAGAGACACGCUGAGCACGAGCAGCAUCACGAUGAUGCUGAACGAGCAGGACUCGAUGGGCUGGUCCCCCCUGCACUACGCCUCCCGCAGCGGCCACAUCUGCUCCCUGUCGUCGCUCCUGCAGCUCGGGGCCAGCGUCAGGACCAAGGACAAGAGGAACGAGAGUCCUCUGCACUUCGCUGCCAAGUACGGCCGCUACAACACCGUCCGCCAACUCGUGGAGUCCAAGUCGGGCUUCCUGAUCCUGAACGAGUGCAACGACGAAGGCAAAACGGCGCUUCAUAUCGCUAGUGAAGAAGGUCACACCCGCGUCGUGCAGUUGCUGCUGAGCAAGGGCGCCCUGCUACACCGCGACCACCACGGCAGGACGCCCCUGCACUUGGCUGCCCUCGGGGGACACAGAGACACCAUCCGCGCCAUCCUCACCAUCCACAGCCACACGCUCGACCAGACGGAUAAGGAAGGGAACACCGCCCUCCACGUGGCCGUGCGGGCCAACAAGCCGGAGACGGUCAGUCAGCUGAUGAGCCUCAAUUGCAAAUUUCUCGAGAACAUUUCCUCUUGCAAGCCGAUUGACAUUGCAAUUCAAUACAAACUCUCUGAGUCUGCUUUGGCUCUUGUUACUCACGAUAGAGGCCCCACCGAAGUGCUAGGAACGUCCAGCAAGAUUCACGGCUGCAUUUGCAUGGCCCUCAUCCGGACGCUACCGAAGGUGUUCGAGUCGGUUCUGUACCAAGCCAUAGUCAAGGCGGACGUCAAGGAGCAGGCAAAGGAUUUCUAUAUCAAGUACAACUUCUACCCUCUGCAACUGACCCCGGAGCAACUCGACGCCGAAAAGAUCAAGCAGAAGAAUCCGAAGUUUCGUCCCGAGCCUUUGUACGCCUGCAACGCGAUGGUGGAGUCCGGUCGGGUGGAGCUCCUGAUGCAUCCGCUGACCCAGAAGUUCCUCGAGAUGAAGUGGCAGGCGUAUGGCAAGUACAUCCACCUGUCAAACCUCUUCGUGUACCUGGUGUUCCUGGCGCUGGUGACGAUCUUCGCCGUCGGGGUCCUCGGCCAUCAGAGCUUUGUCAUGUCGAAUAUCACGAGGGUCGCGGUGGACAAUACGUCCGAUUUCAUGACGUCGGGACAGUUUCAGUUGCAUAUCGAAGACACGCCUGGCUGGAUGUACUGCAUGGCCAUCGGAAUAACCGUGUUCGCCGUGAUGAGUAUGCUGAAGGAGGCAUUCCAGAUAUACUACCAUCGACUAAAGUACCUGGCAGAGCCGAUCAACUUCGUGGAAUGGACGAUGUUCCUGGCGUCGAUCUGUAUGGUGAUGCCCGUGUUCUUGGGCGCCACUUGGCACAACCAGCAGUACAACUCGGCCGCCCUUGCGGUCUUCUGCUCGUGGUUCAUACUGCUCAUUUACUUUCAGAGAUUUGACCGGAUUGGGAUAUACAUCGUGAUGUUCCUUGAGAUCCUGAACACACUCAUAAAUGUUCUCCUUGUGUUCUCUGUUCUUAUCGUCGCCUUUGGACUUGCCUUCUAUAUCCUGAUGUCACAUGGAGGCCAGCUCUCCUUCUCGAACGUGCCGAUGUCGAUGCUCCACACCUUCUCCAUGAUGCUCGGCGAGGUCGACUUCCUGACCAUCUUCGUGUACCCCUUCUACCACGAGAGCACCCGGGGCGACAGCCUGCUCUUCCCCCGCACCACGUUCGCCCUUCUGGUGAUCUUCAUGAUCCUGAUGCCGAUCCUGCUCAUGAAUCUCCUCAUCGGUCUGGCGGUCGGCGACAUCGAGAGCGUGAGGAAGAACGCGCAGCUGAAGAGGAUCGCCAUGCAGGUCGAAAUGCACACGGAACUGGAGAACAAACUGCCUGAAAUGAUCAUCCGGCGAGUGAACAAAAGUGAACUGGUGAUCUACCCGAACUGCAGGAAAGGCACGCACCUGGUCAACAGGAUCCUCAGCGCCUUCAACUUCGCGUGUCCUUUCAGCGACAGGAAAGGAACAGAGCUCGAGGGCGCAGACUGCCAGGGCGACGACUACCUGUGGGAGGAGCUGGAGGGGCAGAGGCGGCGGCUGCGGGACAUUUCGGCGGUCCUCGACACCCAGACGAAGCUCCUGCGUCUCAUCAUGCAGAAAAUGGAAAUCAGAAGUGAGGCCGAUGACGUGGACGAGGGAGUGAAUCUGGAGGACAUCAUGAAGCCAUCUCCCAACCGCAAGUUCGCCCCGCCGUCGGCCACUUCCAGGCGCGCCAUCUUGUACAGGAAGGAGUGAGACAGAGACGCAGAGGGAUGCGUGACUGCGCCGAAGGAAAUUUGAUUUUUAAUUCUUUAUGAUUUUGCUUCCGAAGAGAGAUGUCGAAGAAUGUGAGGAGUGCGAUUUUUUUUCUCUCUCUUUUUCUUUCUUUCUUUCUUUUGUCUUUCCUGAUUUUUUUUAUUCGAAGAAGGAAAUAUUUAUUGGAAGAAAAGGCCAUCUAUUUGUGCCUGGAUUA